GGCACGCACCUGACACUUCCUGCCCAUGAAUGUUUCUCUUGUUUUGACAGUGUGAUGAUGUUUGUGUAUCUCUGCCAUGUUUGUGUUCAUCUCGCGCAAAUGUCUUUGCAUUUAUAAACAUAGAACACAGCUCUGACGCUCUGGAAUAAUAACCUGACGUGCUGUAUUGGAUUAUAUGCGCAGUUGAGCUCGUUUAACGGAUGACUGGAGGCAAAACGUGAUUGUUUCUUCUCAUUGAUCCAGGAUCACACAGUGCGCAGAUAUAAGGUAUGGAAGAUAUGUCAUAUGUGGGGUCUGGCUGAGGGCUGCUGCUGCCCAGGCGUCUCUCCACCCCAUUGGCUGAUUCUCCAGCAUGUACCGUAGAAACGGCCUAUCAGAUGGCACCAGCAUUAGCUCCGCCUCCUCUGAGGGAAGUGACAGCUCUGUGUCUGUGGACGGCCCGAGCGCUGACUAUGCGAAGAGCUACGAUGCUGUCGUUUUUGAUGUGCUCAAAGUGACGCCAGAGGAGUUCGCAAGCCAAAUAACCCUGAUGGACGCCCCUGUGUUUAAGGCCAUACAGCCAGAGGAGCUUGCUAGCUGUGGCUGGAACAAAAAGGAGAAACACAUUUUGGCUCCUAAUGUUGUUGCCUUCACACGGAGAUUUAACCAGGUGAGCUUCUGGUUGGUGCGGGAAAUCCUGACCGCUCAAACACUGAAGAUCCGUGCCGAGAUCCUGAGCCACUUUAUCAAGAUUGCAAAGAAACUUCUAGAGCUGAAUAACCUUCAUUCUAUGGUGUCUGUGGUGUCGGGAUUGCAAAGCGCUCCCAUCUUUAGACUCAGCAAGACCUGGGCGCUGAUCAGCCGGAAGGACAAGGCCACGUUUGAGAAGCUGGACUAUCUGAUCUCUAAAGAGGAGAACUGUGCCAGGAUGAGAGAGUACAUCCGCUCCCUCAAGAUGGUGCCCUGCAUCCCUUACCUGGGGAUCUAUCUGCUGGACAUGAUUUACAUCGACUCGGCCUAUCCUGCAUCUGACAGCAUCAUUGAGACCCAGCAGAGAACCAAUCAGAUGAACAACAUCCUGCGGGUGAUCUCUGACCUCCAGAUGUCCUGCACAUACGAUCACCUCGUGACUCUUCCACAUGUGCAGAAGUACUUGAUGUCUGUUCACUACAUCGAGGAGCUUCAGAAGUUCGUGGAAGAUGACAAUUUCAAACUGUCUCUGAAAAUUGAACCAGGGAACAGCUCACCGCGCAUGGCCACAUCCAAAGAAGAUCUAGCAGGUCCAUCUGAGUUGUGUUUAUCGGUCAGGUAUAAUCGACGGCCCACCUGUCCGGACGCCACUGUGGGGCUUCACAUCCACACCCCGCCGCCCUCACGCCACAGGAAGAGCCACAGCCUCGGAAACGCUAUGAUGUGGCACUUCGGUGUGGUGGAGAGUAAAAGUGCGACGUUCCCCACAGAGAAACCACGUCACCUGCUGGACGACAGCUUCCUGGAGUCCCAGAGUCCAGCGAGGAACAACCCUCACAGCUCAUCCGUGUCCAACGGCGUCUCUAUAGGCAGCAGUCAGAGUUCGUUCUGUGAAGAUCUUUCUCCGGGGGUCGAGAGGGGCCGCAUGUACGCGACUCUGGGCCCUAACUGGAGGGUUCCUCUCCGCAGCUCCCCCAGAGGCCGCAGCCAUGGCCACAGUCCGUCAGUAGCAGAGUCCAGUCUGGCUCACGGAGAUUCGGGUGGAGUCACGAUGGAGGGGCCACUGAAGAGGAAGACCCUGCUGAAGGAGGGCAGGAAACCCAAGCUUGCCUCGUGGACGCGGUAUUGGAUCACACUUUGUGGUUCCACUCUCAUAUUCUACGGAUCCAAAGCCCUGCGAGCCACAGAACGGAAACAUUACAAGUCUUCGCCGUGUAAGAAAGUGUGUGUUGUGGGCUGGAUGGUGGUGCUGCCGGAUGAUCCGGCUCAACCCAACAUCUUUCAGCUCAACCAUCCUGACAAAGGGAAUGUUUACAAGUUUCAGACAAGCGAUCGGUUCACUGCGAUCAUGUGGCACAGACACCUGGAGGAGGCGUGUCGGAGAAGAAGACCUCAGAUACCAGCGAAUCUCAUGUCGUUUGAAUAAACGUUUGAGACUUGUUCAACUCCUGCCUGAAGACUUUUAUAAGGCCUACAGAGAUGGAGAAGGAUGUGUUUGGUUCAGCAAAAGGAUGAAAAAAAGCAAAAAUCCACAAAGCGGACUUGCUCUGAUCCAGUGGCCCUCCACGAGCCGCCGGACACAUCUAACAUCAAAAUGUCUGUUACAGAGCCGGAAGAGGAGGUUUGAGCACUAGUGUGUGGUACUGUAGAAAUGGAGGGGAAUUUGGCCAUUCCAGCUCCAUCGGGUCUUUUCUAUGGAGACUUUCGGAUAUCAAGGUGUUUGUGGCUUCAGUGAAGUACAAUGUGAGAAUGAAAUGAAACAGAAGCUUGAAAUGGGCAUUUUCAUGGUGAGAUAAGUUUUAGAGAGAAAGAGAAAACAUGCCGCCUGUAGCAGAAGAAUAAAAAGCCAAACUAAUUAGCUCCUACAAAGUAAACCACAGCCGGAUCGGGAGAAAUGUGAAAAAAGACUUAAACCAGCUAAUGAUACUCACUGGUUAAGAGCAGUUCAGUCACAGACUAAUCACAGCACAGUGAUUUUUAUUUCUUGUUUAUGUAAUGAUGCUGGUUGAAGGAGGUUUGUGAGUGUGACUAGUUUACAUCAGAGAUUCUGAAUCCACUUUCUGUUUUAGUCAUUUUAUACUCAUGGAAGCUUGUUUUGGGCUUUAAGUAUUAACUAAUUAUUACUCCUUUACUGUCAAAUGAAGGUUUUGCUCACCAGCUGAAAUGUGUUGUAUAAAAGAAAGAAGUGUGUAUUUGUUACUGAUAGGGUUCCUUGUACAUUAACUGGAGAAUACAGUUUUUAUUACACGUAACACAAUCAUUAUUAAAACAAGAGUUUCUUUUUCAUUUAGCCCAUCUCUUACUGGGCAACUCUCACAAAACCUGUCAAAAAAAUUGCCCUCGUCAUAUCUUACCCCAAAAGUGAAUAGAAAGAAAAAACAAGAAUAUUUUGCUUAAAGAAAGUUAAGCCUAUUUUUUAAAGGGAUUUAAAGCCUACUUUAUAUUUUGACAUUAUUUUCAUGACAAUUAAGCACAUUUAACCCUUAAAAAAUCAUUACUGUAAUACAAACACAUCAUUUAAAUUUUUAAUAUUUAUACAUCAUGGUUUUAUUUAUUGUACUGCCUUUAAUUUAUGUUUAUGGAUAUUAUUGCACUUUUUUAUAUUUUAAAACAAUUUAACUGUGCUUAAAAUGUACUUGAAAAUAGUCACAAGCUUUAAAUGAUUUUUUUAAGCUUUAAAUAUUUGCUCCUUCUUGUGUUGUUUGAACCAGUUUAAAUAUUUAUUUUCAAAGGAACACAAAAUUAAACACUUGAAAUUAUCGCUGUGUAACCUAUUCCAUAAAAACAGCAGUUAAACGCCAAUCAAUUCAAAAUUAAUUUUAAAACAAUAAAAGUACUGUAAUCCAAAUCAUGACUCCAGAAUAAAGUCUUGCAUAUACUUGUACUAAUAUUAAUUGUGAUUAAUUGCAUUAAUUGUUUA